AUGGUUUCCAUCAAGUAUUGCCGACGGUCUCUAGUGCAAGUGGUAAAGUAUUUGCUGGGUUGCGAUGGCUCCGUCCUCAUCGACUCGACCGCGAACAACACCGCCGAGAAAGACGCCAUCCCCAACAACCCGAGCCUCCACGGCUUCGAGGUGAUCGACGCCGCCAAGUCGGUCGUCGAAGCCCAGUGCCCCGAAACCGUCUCCUGCGCCGACAUCCUCGCCUUUGCGGCCCGCGAUAGCAUCACCCUGACCGGCAACGUCACCUACCAGGUCCCUGCGGGACGCCGCGACGGCACCGUCUCGAACGCGUCGGAGGUCAUUCCAAACAUCCCAGCGCCGACCUUCAACUCGACGCAGCUGAUAAACAGUUUCCAGGCGAAAAACCUGACAGCAGAGGAGAUGGUGAUUCUCUCCGGCGCCCACACUGUUGGUGUGUCCCACUGCUCCUCUUUCCUCAACAGGAUCUACAACUUCAGCAACACCAGCCAGGUGGACCCGACGAUGAGCCCGGCAUAUGCGAAGCUGCUGCAGGCGCUGUGCCCGUCGAACAGCACGCGGUUCACGCCCAUCACGACGGGGCUGGACGUGAUCAGCCCCGGCGUGCUGGACAACAAGUACUACGUCGGCCUGACGAACUCGCUGAGCCUGCUCACGUCCGACCACGCCCUCCUCACGGACGCCAACCUCAGCGCGGCGGUCAGCCGGUUCGCGACCCACCAGUCGGCGUGGGAGUCGAAAUUCACCAAGGCCAUGGUCAGGAUGGGCGAGAUUCAGGUCCUGACCGGGACCGAGGGACAGAUCAGGCUCAACUGCAGAGUUGUGAACAAUGCCUCCACUACUGCAGCAGCAGCAGCAGCAACUGGGUUUGGGUCUGUGGUGGGCUCUAGCCACUAUACUGCUGGAGGGGUGGCCACUAUCUAGUCUAAGUUAUGAUUGCAUGAAUAAAUUUUAAAAAAAAUUACAUAUAUAAAUAAAUGUAAGUGUGUAGAGAGAGAGAGAGAGAGAGAGAGAGAGAGAGAGAGAGUGUAAUUUGUGGUGUGAGAACUUAUUUUAUAUCUGCAAGCAUGAUAUUGGAGUUUAA